GGCGGCUUAACCCAAAACCGCUCGGAGCGACGGCGCCACUUGGCGGCACAACCAGAGCCGCAGUUACAUCAAUUGGCGUCAUCGACAACGAAGUCGCCCUCGUUUCGUGGCAAAACGCAAGCGCUAAAAACACCGCGCAUGAUACAACGCCUGGUGGCGGGCCAUAUACAAAAUGCCCAGGGACACUCCACAUACGAAGUGUCGGCUGUGAGCGCCAACAGCAGCAGCAGCCUCAGUUACAGUCGCAGCGGUAAUGCGACAACAACCACAACUACAACAACAACCACUCCACGAUCGUCUAAUGCGGUCACGCCUCUAUAUUUUCGACGCAAGUCGCCAACACAGGCUCAGACACUAAGCAGCUCCUAUCGACUCGCCAAGCAGCCCUCAACGACUUCGACAACAACAACAAAAGCCACAAUUUCGGGCCACGAUAAUAUCGAUGAUGAUAUUGAUGAUGCACGGGAUGAUGACGAGGCGCUGCUCAGUGAUCCCGAUGACUUCGAUAACUGGGACAAUGGCAUUCUGCGUCUAAGUGCCGGCUCGGGCAAGGAAACAAACUCUCUUUCAAAGAAGCAGAGCAGCAAGGAGGACAGCAAGAAAACACUAGCGGAUCAAGUACGGGAUGGCAAGUAUGGACUAAUCGAAAAGGAGCUCUUUCGUCGGGUGCCCAAACGACCGGGCGUGCUGAGCUACGCUCGCAACUCUGAGGUGCCUCUGGACACAGAACGUAAUUAUGGUGGGCUGCAGGAAGAGGACAUAUGGCUGGCCGAAGAUCAUUUGUUGGUGAUCAAGGGAGGCAGUCUCAAUGAGAACGAGAAUACGAAUGAUGCCAAUUAUGCGAAUGAGCCGUGGCCAGCGAUCGAUGAUUAUGAUGCGCCCGAGCGGCAGAUUAAAAUUCCAGCCAACCCACCGGUUCCGCCACCCUUUCCUGUACAGCUCGAUGCGCACGGGCCGCUACAGCUUAUCAGAGAUAAUAAACUCACGAUCGUCUAUCCGGUCGCUAACGAAACGAUACCGGUUUAUAUCACCAGCACAGAGGCCAACUACAAUUCGGCCGAGCGUUCCCCUAUCAACGCGCCGCAUUCUCCUACCCGGACGGGAGCGCUUGCGGCUGCUAAGGCGGACGACGAGCCGAGCUAUGUCUACCCGGCGCCCUAUUCGCCAUGGCUCUAUGGUGGGGGCAACACCAACGACUCGCUCACGAAUCCAUUCCUGAAGAGUUCUCGACCUAUUACGCUGCCCGGCCUGGGUCCGUGGUUGUUCAAUGGUCUGAACGGUUCACUGGACAGUACAAACGCCACAAAUGAUUUCGAUGAGGAUGAUCCCACGCUCUAUUAUCCACCGGCCUAUAGUUUUGUCUACAAGUCCAACUAUUCCAAUCCGGUGCCACCGGGACCUCUGGUGCCGGGCAUUGUCCUUCCACCGCCUCCCAAUCAUUUUAGUCGACUGGAGCCGACGAAUUCGCUGCCAGCACGUCGACCGAGUACAAGUAGCACAACCACCACUAGCAGUACGACCAGCACAACCACGACUACGACAACCACUUCAACCACUCCCCCACCGCAUCGUGGAACGGUGCCUAACAUAUCCAAAUACACACCGAAAUACAACGCAGUAGAUUACUCGAAACCACCACAACGGCAGCCACCGAAGUAUGUGGAACGCAUUCCAGUGCCCGUGGCAGUGCCUAUACCCAUAUAUCCGCUCAACUAUCAGCCGACAGUACGGCCACGUGGCAAGGCCCCAACCUCACCACCAGCGCCGUCUCCAACUCCACAAACGCUUGUGUUUGUGCCCAGCACCACGGAACGUGCACACUCGGACACACUGUCCAAGUCUAACCCUAUCUACUACGAGUACUUUGAGGCGAAACGUCAACCGGCCAUCAAGUCAAACGUAAUCGAGGACUUUCUGGCCAGCACGGGCAAAGCGCCCAAGCUUAAGAAUUUGGGACGCCACAACGAUGUGGUUAACAUCACGCCCAAGCCGAAGGCUCUUCCGCCCUUGCGACCGGACUACGAUGCCUUGGGUCAGUUGCUACGCACCAAUCUCAUUUCGCAACCCUAUGCCAUCUAUACUGUGCCGACUGGUGGCUCGGGUGUAGAUGGUAGCAGCACGCAUCCGCCUCUGAAUCGUUUUCAGCAGCCCGACUUUGACAAAAAGCCCUUCCUUCCUAUGGUCAAUUAUAGUGCCGAUGAGCAGGAUAAGAACGCUUUUAAGGCUAUCGUGUACGCAUCGCCUGCACCACCACAAAAUCCAACGCCUGACGCCUACCAGCAGCAGCAACAACAGCGCCAGCGUCAAAUGCGGGUUGGAAAACACCAACUGUUGGAACCGUAUAUCUAUAGCACUCCAGUGCCGCUGCCGGACUCAUAUCUGCCCGAGCAACGUGACUAUGGAGGCGAAUUAUUGGCGCCCAAGUUGCUCCUGCAACGUCAGCGUCAGUUGCGUGUGGGCAAACAGCAACAGCAGCCACCGCCCCCUGCGCCGCCAUUGGAGCCACCGCUGGAGCAGCAAUUCGAGCCCCAGGGCUACAGUACACCCCAGCCUCCAGGAGCGGACUCAUAUCUACCCACUUCUGCCUAUGUGGACGAUCAACGGAGCAAUCAAAUCGAGCAACAGCGUCUCGCACGUCCACCGGUCAAAUAUCAGCUUCUGCGUUCACACUUUGUACGCAAUGGCCAGUUGGUAGCCCCCUAUGGAGAUUAUUCCAACAUCACGAAUGGGGCCAAGCCACCGCCCCCACCGCCGUUACAGUAUUGGCAGCGCCCUCUGCCCGCAGCGCCCUAUAAGAGGUUGCGUCAGAGCAACAAGCAUCAGUUCCCGCCCUACUUUGUGCCCAACUAUGCGCCGGUAUCUGGGCCCAGUGGGGACUCGCUCUAUCGCCUUAUGCCCGUGCCCCAGCACAAGCAUUGGCGCCAAGGUCCAGGCCAGGGGCAAAUACAGAACCACAAACAGCAGCAGCAACACCUGCAGCCCCAACAGAUAGACUCGUACUAUCCAGAACGAGGCGUGCCCAUUGGCCACAGUUUGGCCGGAGAUAUUCUGGUGAACUACAACACCAACAACCAGUUUAAUCCACAGGCGGAAUUGGUGCCGCAUGCACAACUGGGACCGCCUCCAGUGCCGCCGCCAUUGUCUUAUCAGGCGCAAAGUGCCGGCCCCAAUGGUGGUCCGCUCUGGUCCGAUCGUCCCGUGCGACAGUCGCGCGCCCACGAACAGGCCUGAGAUGGUGAGCGCACGUUCAGGACGUGACCGUUUCUAUGUCAUUGUUAAGGUACCUUUACACCAGCCACAUUUUUUGUCCAAAAUUCGACGAGGUGUACCAUCGAAAUCAAGACUCUGCUUUCAAUCUGAACAAAUCUACAAGCAGAGAAAACAAGUAACGGCGUACUUUGCAUCUUUGUCGAGUUUUUGGCAAAAAAUCUGGCUCUUGGGAUUUUAAGCGUAGUGUCAAAAUGUGAUCAACAGCGAGCGUCAAGUAUGAAAACCUUUCUCAUAAAACCCACUGUGCACAUUAAGCCCCGGUUAACUGGCAGCUCCUGCCCGGCAACAACUACUUACAUACAUACAUAUGUACCCAAAAAAAAUAUACUCUAUCUAUAUACAUACAUAAAUCUUGCCUCCCCUGAUCAAACGAGAGCUCCGUAGUGCCCCUUCGACAUGCAGCUGCGCAUCAAAUGCUCCAACAAGUCUAGCUGGUCAAUUAAGCUAAAAGAAAUUAGCACAUACAUACAUACAUAUAUAUAUACCAAUAUAGGUGAGUAUCUAUGUGUUUUACAUACAAUAUUUAUACUUAAAUAUGCAUAUGUCCUUAGCGAUAACAAAUAUGAUUUAAAUAGAUUGUGUACAUAAUCAUAAUUGCAGUUAGGCUUUCAUAUUUAAAUUGGUGCUUCUUCCGUCGGAUCUGUUUCAAAACUUUACAUAAAUAUCGUAGUGUUGUUUCUCUAAAUUGCUUUUCAAAGUUCUAAGUUUUUUUUAAGCUUACAGAACAUUAAAUGAUUUGAAAUCUGAAACUCAACAUAACCAUAUGUUAC